UCUCAAUCUUCCGCCGCCCCAACCCAAUCCCUACCCCCACGUAGCCCAACCCAAUCCACCGCCGUCCUCUUCUCUAGUCGCACCGGCGAGCUCCAACCUCAUCGCCGGCAGCCCCUCCCCUCUCCUCCUAGAUCCACUCGGGCUACUCAUGUCGUGGCCAGAUCUGGCAGGAACUCCCUCCCUCCCACCUCGCUCCGAAUCCCGAUCCAUACGCACACACAGACAGAGCUUUGGGAGCUCCUGCUCGGCUGCUCACGGCCACGGUCCAUGGACGACGCGGACAUGCGGGAGGUGCUGCUGUACCGGGACGGGCUGGUCACGGCCACCGCGUCCGUACCGGUGGCCACGUCGGGGGCUUUCCUGCCCGAGGGGAUCGCGGUCGGCGACGCCGUCUGGCUCUUCUACGCCGCCAGGGCCCGGGGGCUCACUCCCCCCUCCGCGCGCAGUUCACCGUCCUUGUCAAGUCCAACAUCUUCAUCGAGGGCGUCUCCCACAAGAUUCGCCGGUAGAUCGAGGACCUGGAGCGCGCCGGAAGGGUCGAGCCUGGCACCCUCACCGUCGACGGCGUCCCCGCAGACAGCUACCUCACCAGGUUCGCGUGGGACGAGGGCAAGUACCCCGUCAACGCCCCGUUCAAGGAGACCGUCAGCAGCAUCCAGUCCCAGGUCGCCAAGAUCGAGGAUGACAUGAAGAUUUGUAGAAGCUGCCGCUGCUGUAGGUGGAACAGGAAGAAGCCCUCAUGGCUGCUGCACAUCUGAAGUGGUGAGCGCCACCCCAUUUUUUUGGUACUGUGAAGUGUUAGUUUGGUUAGUCUGUUAAUCAAAGUAUUCUUACAUGAUGUGAAUAUAUACUGCAAACACCAAAGUUGAUCAUUGAAACAUAUGUCGCUCCCAUUUUUGUGUGAAAAUGUACUAGUUAUCUACAAUACAAGCUAGACAUGAACCAACUCUUGCUUCUAAAGGAACAUAGUAUAAAUGUAGAUCUCGUGUGUGAUGCUAUAGAUUUAUAAAUUUUGCUUUGUCUUAUUCCCGAGCUGGCACUAUAAAUUUUGCUUUGUCUUGUUGAUAAUGCCAUAUGUCUUAUGCGAUCAGAUUACAUUUCUGUUUGUUAUGGUAAUAUAAAAAAUAUUCAUGCUAUCAAAAUUUUCACAGUGUGUGCCUUUCAUUUCUUUAGUUCGAUUGUUUCCCUUGUAUUCAAUACGCUUCUAAUGGCUGACCUUCCAUUUUUGUUGUGGCAUCUUUAUUUUCACAGGUGUUGCAUGUUCUGGAAGAUGGAAGAGGAAGAAAACCUAUUUUGUUGAACUAAAUUUUUUGUAUUCUGUUUUGUUGUACGUAU